AGAAAUUCGCAGCUCUGAAGAGGAAUUUUAGCUCUGAAAAGGGAUUAAAAAAACACCUCCCAUACGUCGCAUUUGCUAGACGGGGACUUAUAUAUAAUAAAAAGUCAUAAUAAAAAAAUGGCCGUUUGGCGACAGGUACACGCAGCCUCCCUUGGUAACACGUCUAUUUCAAUUAGUGCAUGUAAUACAAUUUUUAAUUGCUUUAAAGCAAAAACAUACUUUUUUCUUAAGCCGAUCAUAUAAUAAGCAAUGCACCAGUGAGAAGUGCUUUGUAUAAAAAAUAAUUGAAAAAAAACAUUCUACUCCUAGAGUGGUUAUCGCUAGCGGCAAAGGGCAAAUAGGUUAAUUAAUUUUAGAAAAGCCAAAUUGCCUAUUUUGUGGAAAAAACGAUCAAAAUUGUCAUUACAGGAUAAAAUAAUAAAACUGUAUGCAAAGCCGAAAAGAGUUCCUAAUUUAGAAAAUAUAUAUUAUAGACGGAAACUUAUGUACCCACAGGAACUGACCAGUCAGAAUUAAACAAAUAGCACGCCCGAGUUUCCUAAGUGGACAACACAUAACGAAUCUUUUUAGCCAUUAUGUCAAGGGCAUUAUUAUAUUUCCAGUUGAAGCUGACAUUGUCAUAAGCGACUGCUUAUAUUAACACGCUUUUCCGUCGGCAUACUAAAAUAUAUACAAUCACCGUGGUUAUGACUGUCGAAUGCCACAUGUUUUGAGUGUAAGUCACGUCUGCAACCUUGAUUUUUAAGCGCUUGCAUGAGUAGGAUGAACAGGUCAGCCGCCAUAUUGGCAGCAAAUUACCAAGUGAGAUAAAGCUGGCUGAUUUGGGCAACCUGCUGGAUAUUUUUUAUUGGAUUUACGUCAAUGCAGUAUAAAAACUUGUUAGCUUAAAGUUAUUUUGAGAUUUCAUGUGGACAUAAUUCGUCUUCCCAAUAUCGAAUGAAAGCAUUUAUAAAGAAGGUGUGGCAAAUAGGACUCUUUGCUGUUGUUAAUUUGUUCGCAAAGGGUGACCAUUCAAAAACAUAUAUUUAUAUUUCGAGAGUGUGGCCCAGCUUUGAAAAAUGUAAAAAAAAAAAAAACACUUUCAAUCGAGGUGCAGACAAUUUGAAAGAAAAAAAAGAACGGAAUGAGUCGAAAAUGAUAAGGCAGUCUCGUUAUGAAAAGGGUUAAACUUAUAGCUAAUUAAAAUAUUAUUGGAAACGAAAAGAAAAUACCCCUGGCAGCUGGGCUAUUGUUGUGACGUUAUAACCAUUCUGAAGUAGCUAUACACUUGUGGGAAGCCGCAAGAUAAUUGGAUAAACAGUUGGGCAUUAUCGAAUACCAGCAUUAAGUGCACAACCCACACACCGGCAGACGGUUAGACUCAAACAACCCAACCGCCCUCACUCUAAACAUGUUGCGAUUAAUAUCUCCUACCAGCGGGUUUCAAAAGCUUAUAUAUUACUCUUUAUAUGAUUGGAAGCACUUAAUUUCGUAGAUAUCGUCGUUUAAUGAAGACAAAAACACCCCACAAUUGUACUGUCGUGAUUCUAUUGUCAAUAAAUCUAAUAGUCUGAGAAGUAUGUAGGUAUGGGUGACUUAAUACCCACGGUGCAUGUUCACAAGUAGAGGGAAAUCAUCAAAAUGGACGGUAUGGAAGUUGAUCGCUGCACGUAAAGCAGCUGGCCCGUGACUCCCAAGAGUGUUUAGAGACUAUUAUCUCAUCUGCCUACCCUUAGUGCGAACACCGAUCAGUAGAAUAUGAGAAGACGUGCCUAUCAUUAAAGAAUUCCUCAAUUUGACAGCAAGCCAGAGAAUAAUCGGAGCAAACUGCGAAUCGGAUAAUUAGGGACACAGCCUUUUUUUUUACUUGAGCUCAAUUUUGUACUUAAUAAAAAGAGUAUUGGUUAUUUAUUAUUGGGAGGUAACGGCGGAAACGGUAAGCUAACGUAAAAAAGGGCAUUAAAGGUAUAUUUUGUGACGCGGUUGCAUCUUUUGUGCUUAUCCUAUAGUAAAUCGUACUAUUGCUAUUGUCCACAAAUAGAUGGAACAGUAGAACAGGUGGAAGUUAGUUAAGGGGGUACAAUAGCCAAAGGGUUGAAGUUUAUUGCCAACUGACAAAGCACGCAAAAUCAGACCCUUUUUUUCUGCCCAGACGCUGGAAAUAGGAAAAAAAACCGCUUCAAACUAAAUCAUAUUCCUUAUUAUUCUAGUCAGAAUUUAACGAUCAGGAGCUAAGAGCUGGAUUAUAGCUUCGAUAAGAAACUGGAUUAUAUCUUCCGUGAACUAGAGAAAGUUUUGUACACAUUGGUGUUUGAUAGGCGUUGCAAUGGAUCAUCGGUUAUUUCGAUUUAGAGAAAUAUUUUCAAGGCGCAGCACGAGCUUAAAAUUUCAAACGAAAUCAUCAACUAGUUUACGUCAAUGGUAAAAACAACGUUCGAGCCAAUUGCAUAUCUACACUUGGGGGGUGAUUAAUUAAUGCAAAUGGUUUGAUAUAAAAAUACGCGAACCGCGCAAACAAGACAGCGCUAUCUUAUAGACUGUCCUGAGUAGCGAAGCGGGAAUACUUCUUUGAGGGAAUGGCUAAUAACACCACGAUACCCGGGCAGAAUUUCUGUGGAUUUGGCGGGGCGAUGGCAGAGACAACCGAAUUGAAAAUAGCAGCCUUUGUUCUGGUCAUUAUAGUCUCGCUCCUGGGCAAUGUUGUGCUGUGCCUCGUGGUUUACAAGAACAAAGAGAUGCACAGCACCAUCAACUACAUCAUUGUGAAUAUCGCAGUAUCUGAUGUGCUGGUGCCGGUGUUUGCCCUCACGAGGCAAAUUAUCGAGUUAUCGAGUGGUUCCCUGGUCUGGCGCGUGCGCGGUCCGCUUGGGAACUUCUUCUGUAAGUUUGUAUUCUUCGUUUCCGACCUGUCGCCUAUCGUGUCCAUCACAAGCCUGGUUUACCUAUCAUCGGAGCGACUCACAGCCGUAUUUUUCCCCUUCAAAGCCUCCCGCCUUAACUCGACUUUCCGCAAGUGUCUUAUUGCUCUAACCUGGUUUAUCGCGGCCGCUUUCUGCUUGCCACAUUUCUACACGUUCCGCUUGAACGAGAGCGACUGCUGUAUAAUGAGCUGGGAGCCCGCGUUUGAAAACGAGGCAGCGCGUGAUGUGUACAUCUCGCUUCUUCUGACACUCUUUAUUAUGAUCCCUUUUGCGUUCAUGAUCGUCGUCUAUAUCCUCAUUUUGUACAAGCUGCGCGCUAGCCCCGUCAGGUUCAAACCCACUAAGGCCGUGAAACAGAAGCGUGAGCGUAUUAACCGGAGCGUGACUCUGUUAUCGUUCGGUAUCGUGCUUGCUUUCGGCGUCUGCUGGGGCCCCUACUUCGGGGUGUUGACCGUGGUGAGCUACGGGUGGGAAUGGGAGUUCUCUAACGCACCAGCAAACUGGGAAUCUUUAUGGUUUGGAGCGCAGUUCAUGUGCUAUGCAAACACCGCAGUCAACCCAUUCCUGUGUCUGCUCUUCAUGAAAAACUACCGAGAGGGGGUAAAGAAGCUUUUUGCAGCGUCUAAAGGAAUUCAUAACAGCGGCAAAGACACUCGUACAAUUACCACACGAAAAACUUCACAAGGAGGCGGCUGGAAGAGCAAACAGAAGUCCUCACGACAUGGGCAGACAUUGGAAUGUCACACUACCAUCGUCUAGUCUUGAAACUAGAGUAUAUAGCAUAACCAUCGUCUAGCCUCAAACCCAAAGCAUUUACAAGUCUAGAUAUUGGGGUUUUACACUACCACCGCCUAGCCUUAGCACUAGGGUAUAUAUCAUAACCAUCGUCUAGCAACCACGAUAUGGGUGAAUAUUGAAGUGUUAAAGUACCAACGUCUAGACAUGACACUAGAGUUCCAAAACAUAACCAUCGUCUAGCCUCGAACAAUUAUAAUUUGAUCAAGCCUCAAACCUCAAGUUUGACCACCGUAGACAGCGACCAAAGAUUCCAUUUCUACUUCUGGAAGGUCAUGAUACGGUCAUGAUACGGGCAAACAUUAAACAGGAAAGCUACGGGACCUUCGUCUAGCUACAAAUGCACCUUAAUGGCUUCCUAGUGAUAACUUAUUAAUUUACACGCCCGCAAAAAAGGCACCUUUUGUUUUCGCACACCACUCUAACUUGGGCGCCUUGAUAACGGAAAGCGGUGUUGGAUUCUAAGAGACGCGCAUUCGCGCCGCUAUCGUGGCGCCAAUUUAAAAGUAAGUAAAACUUCAGCCUGCUCGUGGCUCAUUUGAACCCAUUCUGCAACUGAAACAGCUCAAGUCUGUUUAUAAAGUGACUAGUAAUACAGGGAAAAUUGUAUUAAAAAUGACGAGAGUUUGGAAUAUUCCAAACAAAAAUAAAACAGCAUCGUCACCCAAGUUGGAUCUGCGGACUUAAAAUAUAAAUAAAAACUGGAUACAUCAUUAAGAACACGGCUGGCAAGCCUUAGAUGUACGACUCAUAAAACAACUGUAUAUAGGGACCGCGCCCGUCAUGGUAGAUUCGUCUUUGAAAAACACUGAGACCAUAUAUAAAUACUUUUUUCUGUUCAUGAAUCCUUUUAAAGAAGCAUGCAGAUGUUGAUGAGCCACAGGUUAAACAAGUGAACGUGGGCGACCGUAUGCAGCUUGAAACACUUGGCUUUUCCCAUGAACACUACUAAAAGACCUAAAGGUAGUAUAUAGACAGCCUAAAAAAUACAAAAAAAUGCACCAGAUCUGAAUACGGUAAGCUAUCAGAAAAUAUAUCCCUUUGACCAAAUAUGAGCUGUAAACUAAAGAGAAACAACUCUUUGAAGUAUAAAAGUAGUUUAGAAAAUAUAUAUCUAGAAAAUUUAUAGAUAUUAAGCACUGGAGAACUCAUGUAUCUUGAAAAUUGAUAGAUAUUAAGGACUAAGGAUAUUAAGGACCGGGAGUGAUAAUGAAUUAGACAUAUGCCUAAGACAUGUACCUAGAAAAUUAAUAGAUAUUUAGCAGUCGAUAACUCGUGUAUCUUAGAAAAUAAAUAGAUAUUUAGGGCUUCGAGAAUGAUAAUACAAAAGACAUGUGCCUUAAAGCAAAAGGUUUCAAAUAAAACAGCGAGAGGAUGUAUUAUUGUUGAAUACAAUAAAUAUAUAGAAAACUAAAA